AUGGAGUCGACGGCGCCAGCCCGCUGCGAGAUCGCGCGCCUGCCGGAUGACCUCCUGUCGGCGACGCUCGCUCGGACCGCGCCGCGGGACGCCUGCCGCGCCGCCGCGGUCUCUCCGGCGUUUCGCGCCGCGGCUGAUGCCGACGCCGUCUGGUCCCGCCUGCUGCCGCGCGACCUGCCCCCGCUCGCGGACGGGGAGCUCCCAGCCGAUCCGCUGCCCAAGAAGCAGCUCUUCAUGCGACUCUCCGACCCCGGCAGCCCCGUCCUCCUCGCCGACCGCCUCACGAGCAUGUGGCUGGACAGGGACACCGCCGCCAAGUGCUACAUGCUGUCCGCCAGGAAGCUGGGCAUCGUGUGGGGCGAUACCCCGCAGUACUGGCGCUGGAUCCCUCUCACCGACUCUAGGUUCCCCGAAGGUGCAGAGCUCCUGGACGUUUGCUGGUUGGAAAUCCGUGGCAAGAUACAUUGCAAGAUGCUCUCCCAGAACACCACUUACACCGCCUACAUGGUGUUCAAGAUGUCCGAUAGAUCCUAUGGGCUGGACCAGGAUUAUCCACCCCAGAGGGCUGAAGUUAGCACCGGGGCAACCAAAUCCACUCGUCGGGUUUGCCUCCAAGUCUAUGACACCGAGGGCGAGGACCAUCGCGUGCCUCCUGUAGUGCACGUACAUCACCCUCAGACAAGACCUGAUGGCUGGAUGGAGAUGGAGAUGGGUGAGUUCAACAAUGAAGAAGGUGAAGAUGGCGAGGUGUCCAUCAGUCUCACGGGGAGAGGCGGUCACUGGAAGAGAGGUCUUAUUGUGCAGGGCAUUGAAAUCAGGGUGAAGAAAUACAGCCACGACCGCCCUCCAUCGCGUUGCCUGCCUGCCCAGGCUCGUUCCGCAGGGCCGCUUCCACCCCGCCAGUUCGCCCGCACCACCCAUGCACUCUUUCCUCGAGCAAGAGGUGAUGGCUUGAUGGAGGUGGAGGUAGGUGAGUUCCACAACGGUGAAGGCAACGAUGUGAGGUUUCCAUCAACCCUUAUGGAGACGUCAGUCGUGAAACCUGGCCUUAUUGUCCUAGGCAACGAUGGUGAGGUUUCCAUUAGCCUUAUGGAGAUUUGCAGUGCGUAA